UAAUGGUAAGAAAUAAUCUAUUACUGCUAAUAGAUUGUUUUAAUCCAGAUCGUCAAAAAUACUUUUGGACGACUGAGAUUGCGCGGAGCUGUGAAUAAGUUUAUCUCGUAGAAGAAUAUUUUUGGCCAAGGGAAAAAGAGUGUGUUCUGUUUGAGCUUGAAACCUGCAUCUAGCUACAAAUCAAAGGUCUCUCUAUUUCCACCAACCCCACACCCUUUCUUCCUUCACAUAAUUUUGGCAAGAUGAUUAACCUGAAAACCAAUAAACAAAUACCCAUGAGAGUCCAAUUCCCUUCAACUUAGCUGUUUGUGUGCAAGUGUCAAGAGAGCCAUUCUGUUACUCUCCUAACUUUCAUCACUCAGGCCCUUAAAACCUCCCAACCCACCCCUCUUUCCCUUCUCACUCCUCUCCCUUUGCCUCUCUCUCUAAAUCUAAACCCAACCCAUAUCUUAUAUUGCCUCUGUUUGUUUACUUGCCUUUUUUCUUUCUUUCAUGUAGGAAGUGUUUAGAUAGGGGUUCAGUUCACUACCCCAACAAUCUUGAUCACCUUCCCAAAAAUAAACUCUCCUUUCAUUUUUCCAUUCUAAUCUUUUCAUGCCCUUUGGAAAGAUGGGGGCCUUCUCAAUUUCUUCCAAGUCCCUUAUGCCCCUUCCCUACAAGCACCAAAGGUGGUGUUUGAAGGGGAACAAGAGGGUGGUGGUGCAUUGCCAAAGCAGUGGCAAUGUCGUAAAAUCGGGCAGGGUAUCGUCUGUUCUGACAGAGAGAUCAAAAUUGGUGAGUGAUGAUCAUGGCAAGGGUGCUCUAAUGGAUGCUGGAACUCUGGUUCUAUCCACAAAUGGGAAUGAAGUGAAGGACUUGGUGCCUUACGGUGGACCGGCAAAAUCACUAGUGGAAAUGGAUGAUGGAAUUGGAAUUGUCAAAUAUCUUAGGGGGAAGAGUUUUCUCAUUACUGGUGCAACUGGGUUUUUGGCUAAAGUUCUUAUUGAGAAGAUAAUAAGGACAGUGCCUGAUGUGGGCAAGAUUUUUCUCUUGAUCAAAGCAAAAAGCAAAGAAGCUGCAAUGGAAAGAUUGAAAACUGAAAUCAUAAAUACCGAACUGUUCUGCUGUCUCCAACAAACCUAUGGGAAUGCCUAUGAGGCUUUCAUGUUGAGCAAGCUGGUUCCUGUUUUAGGAAAUGUUUGUGAAUCUAAUCUUGGCUUAGAAGAAACUGCACUUGAUGAAAUUGCAAAAGACGUUGACAUAAUUGUAAAUUCCGCGGCGAAUACCACUUUUGAUGAAAGAUAUGAUGUAGCUCUCGACAUUAACACCGGAGGGCCAAGUCGUCUUAUGAGCUUUGCAAAGAAGUGUGAGAAGCUAAAGCUCUUCUUGCAAAUGUCUACAGCUUAUGUUAAUGGACAAAGGCAAGGAAGAAUAAUGGAAAAGCCAUUCUGCAUAGGGGAUAGCAUCGCAAGGGAGAAUCGAGCAUUUGAAACCAGCGAAAGACCCUUACCUUUUUUGAGGGUUGAGGAUGAACUGAAGUUGGUUUUGGAUUCAAAGGAAUCUUUAGAUGGUAAUGCAGUGGCUCAGAAAAUGAAAGAAUUGGGCUCGGAGAGGGCAAACAUACACGGGUGGCAAGAUACUUAUGUGUUCACAAAGGCGAUGGGAGAAAUGUUGAUUGAUAGCAUGAGAGGAGAAAUACCGGUUGUCAUAAUCAGGCCUAGUGUUAUUGAAAGCACUUACAGAGAACCUUUCCCUGGAUGGAUGGAAGGAAAUAGGAUGAUGGACCCUAUAGUGUUGUACUACGGGAAAGGGCAGCUCACUGGCUUUCUGGUAGACCCAAAUGGGGUCCUUGAUGUAGUUCCAGCAGAUAUGGUUGUGAAUGCAACUCUGGCAGCAAUAGCAAAGCAUGGAUCAGCUGGAAAACCGGAGAGUAAUGUCUACCAAAUCGCUUCAUCAGUUGUGAACCCCUUGGUUUUCCAAGACCUUGCCUCUCUGCUCCACCAACACUUCAAAUCAGCCCCGUGCGUGGAUCCCAAGGGGAGGCCUGUCCGCGUUCCUACGAUGAAACUAUUUGGGUCGAUGGAAGAUUUCUCCUCUCACCUCUGGAGAGACGCGAUUGAGAGAACCGGGUUGAAUUCCACUGCCAGUAAUGUUCCUAAUGGGACGAAGUCCAAAAAACUGGAAAACAUUUGCAGGAAAAUAGUGGAGCAAGCCAAGUACUUGGCUAGUAUUUAUCAGCCAUACACCUUUUAUGGUGGGAGGUUUGAUAACAGCAAUACAGAGAGACUGAUGGAAUGCAUGUCUGAAGAAGAAAGGGAAGAGUUUGGAUUUGAUGUGGGGAACAUAGAUUGGAAAGAUUACAUCUCAAAUGUCCACAUUCCUGGUCUAAGAAGGCAUGUUAUGAAGGGGAGAGGGAUGUGUAGCUAAAUGCCCUGCGUCCUAUUACGUGAGGAUAUAUACAUAUAUAACUUGUGAAUUGCUGCAAGAAUAUGUAAUAAUAAAGAGUUGUGGCUUUUUCUUCUUCUUUUUCCCUAUAGGUUGGGGGGGCAAAGGAAAAGCUUUGCCUUUUUCAAAAUAGUGUAAACCAAGUAUGAGAACUAUCAGUGCUUUGUUCCAAUAAGUACUUCUUGUAAAUCCGACUAUCUCAAGUUAAUUUAUAUUUAUAGCAUCGAAGAAAUCACAGAGGAGAUGGAACAGCAGUGGAAACUAUUUUGCUGAGUAUAAUUGAUGACCUCCAGCCACCCAAUAACUUCGUGUUUAUAUACUAGCGCAAGGCGACGUGCUCCGCAUGAAACCACGUGCUCAAUGCUAUUGUUUAUAUUAAGGAACUUUGGUUAGAUAUAGAGAAUUAAAAAAUUGUUAAAUAUGGAGUUUGCAAAAUAAUUAUAUGUGUAGACUAUAGGGUAUACAUUGUAGGGUGGAACUUUCAGAGAAUGGCUGAAUUUUUAAACCAAACAUAAAAAGGGUUUACAAAUUUCGUAGUUUAAAACUCAUACAUAUAUAUCUCGAGUUAUGGAAACGAAGGUUGAAAACGUCAAAAAUAAAACCAAAUGUUUUAAAAGAUAUGGACCGUAUUAAGCAAAUGUGAACCAAUGGAAAUAAUUAACAAGCAAAUGUAGCGAACAAUUCAGUCAGUAUAUUUGUUAACAAAAACAAGCAACGGAGCAAAUGUGAACCAAUGGAAGGGUACGUACCGGUGAUAUGGCUGUAAACCCUGCACCCUAAACCCGCGUUGUGGUACCCAUUCAGGCAAAUUAUCAAACAUGUGAUUCCCAUAUAUAUAUUGGAAGUGGUUACCUGUUAAUCACUAA